AUGUCUUAUUAUUUUCUAUAUUUCUUGUGUCUGAGUUUUCUGGCCAAAGUUCCCGGAGAAGAACCCACUAUGAUACGUAUUUCUGGACAGCGGGGGAAUUAUAAAACCUCUGAAACUAUGGAUGUUUCUUGGGAAGAUUGUAUGGUGAAAUGUAGAGCGGAUGUUAAUUGUGUAGUGGUCUACAAAAUUUCUGACAUUCAAUGUCAGUAUUUUUCAUUUGGAAGUAUCUCAACAAUCCAACAAGCUAAAUCCGAAAAUGAUGAGAUAGUACUGAAGAUUCCAACACAGGUCCAGUGCCCAACUUCUAAUCCACUGAUUCCCGGACCCACUUAUUACACUCAACUCACCAAUAACCAAUUUUACUUGACUACGGUGUCUCCAGAUUCUCUCUAUAACAAUAUCUACAACCUGACCUAUAGUGUCUCUACCUGCCCAAACAACACAAAAGUGUUCCAGAGAGGAGAGACUACUGUAGUUUGUAUUGGUCUUUACUUUUUCGAGGCACCUCGUUGUAAUAAUCAAGCCGCAGCAUCUGCACUUUGUAAAGCACAGAAUGGGACACUUACUGGUCCAGCGAAUGCGAAUGAGUAUGAGUAUAUACAAGAUAUAUCCAACUCCUCCAAGUACACCUCCAACCCAGAUUCUAUCCAAUGGUUGGUUUACUGGAUAGACGGUGUUCAACAUACCAACAUAGCAUACCAAUACACAUUCGAAGACCCUACUCACAAUGGAAUUACCAAUUAUAACUGGACUCCAGGUUCACCACAUCUCACAGGACCUGGUAUCUGUAUUUAUAGUCCAGGCCCUAAUUAUGGAAAUGUUCAAGUUUAUCCGUGUACCGAUUCCUACUUGUCAUACCUUGUUUGCUGGAGAGGUGCGUUGUGCCAAGUUCCACCAAUAAUUGAAUUGUUUUGA